GACGCUCUUUCGAGCAGAUGAAGUGUUCGGUUUAGGCUCAUAGUAAAGCACGUUUUUUGCCUCAUAAUUUAAAAUCCGCUUCGAAUAUGCCCGAUUAUCAAGCAGAGAAAGACAAAGCGAAGCGGUUUCUCGCAGAGUUUUACCUCGACGGAGACAGUGGAAAACACUUCAAAUACGGAGAACAACUCGUUAAAAUUGCCCAUCGUGAACAGGUAGAACUCUUGAUCGAGCUGGAUGAUAUCGCCGAGAUUGAUCCUGAGUUGUCAGAAAACAUUGUGGAAAAUGCACGUCGUUAUAAACAGUUGUUUGAGGAUGCUGUGUUUGAAAUGUUACCGGACUACAAGGAGAGAGAGGUUCAAGUGAAAGAUGCCUUAGAUGUGUAUAUUGAACAUCGUCUUCUGUUGGAGCAGCGGAACAGAAAUGAUACAGAGACAAGAGACCCAAGGAAGAAAUAUCCUCCAGAGCUUCUUAGGAGAUAUGAGGUGUAUUUUAAGCACCUGAGCACACACAAGGGUAGUGCAGUGCGUGAAGUAAAAGCUGACAACAUUGGUAAACUUGUUGUGGUGCGUGGAAUUGUCACAAGGUGCACAGAAGUAAAACCAGUUGUUGAAGUAGCAACAUACACUUGUGAUCAAUGCGGUGCAGAGUCUUAUCAGCCAAUUUCAUCACAAACAUUUAUGCCACUUCUGAUGUGCCCCAGUGAAGAGUGCAAAGUUAACAAGGCUGGUGGUCGUCUUUACCUUCAAACAAGAGGCUCUAAGUUUGUCAAAUUCCAAGAGCUAAAAAUCCAAGAACACAGUGAUCAAGUUCCUGUGGGUAACAUCCCAAGGACUAUGACAGUCGUAGCAAAGGGAGAAACAACUCGGCUUGCAGUACCAGGGGAUCACAUUGCAGCUACAGGAGUGUUCCUUCCUAUGAUGAAGACAGGAUUUAGACAGCUUACUCAGGGAUUGUUAUCAGAAACAUUCUUAGAGGCUCAUAGAAUUGUAAAAAUGAACAAGACAGAAGAUGAUGAACUGGGUGAUGAAGAGCUGAGUGAUGAAGAAAUCAGGGCUUUGUCCGAAGAAGCAGACUUUUAUGACAAGCUGGCCUCGUCACUUGCUCCUGAAAUUUAUGGUCACGAAGAUAUCAAAAAGGCUUUGCUGCUGUUGUUGGUUGGAGGUGUAGACUGUACUCCUCAAGGGAUGAAAAUCAGAGGAAAUAUAAAUAUUCUUCUAAUGGGUGACCCAGGUGUAGCAAAGAGUCAAAUGCUGGGAUACAUUGACAGGCUUGCACCUCGCAGUCAGUACACCACAGGACGUGGAAGCUCAGGAGUAGGUCUCACUGCUGCUGUCAUGAAAGAUCCUCUCACGGGAGAAAUGAUUCUAGAGGGAGGUGCAUUAGUGCUGGCAGACAAGGGAGUCUGUUGUAUUGAUGAAUUUGACAAGAUGAUGGAUUCCGACAGAACUGCAAUCCAUGAGGUUAUGGAACAACAGACUGUCUCCAUUGCCAAGGCUGGAAUCAUGACAAGCCUGAAUGCACGAGUGUCUAUCCUGGCUGCUGCUAAUCCAGCAUAUGGACGAUAUAAUCCAAAGAAAUCUGCAGAACAGAACAUUCAGCUCCCAGCAGCACUGUUGUCAAGAUUUGACUUGCUUUGGCUGAUUCAGGAUAAACCAGAUAGAGAUAAUGACUUAAGAUUAGCACAGCACAUCACAUAUGUCCAUCAGCACAGCUCACACCCUCCAAUGCAGUUUACAUCUUUGGACAUGAACCUCAUGAGGCGUUACAUUGCUGCCUGCAAGGAAAAACAACCUCUGAUCCCUGAGGCUCUUACAGAUUACAUUGUCAGUGCAUAUGUGGAAAUGAGAAAGGAAGCUAGGACCAACAGAGACACAACUUUCACCUCAGCAAGAACACUUCUGGCUGUUCUGCGUCUUGCAACUGCCUUGGCUCGUCUCCGUUUGGCAGAUGUGGUGGAGAAGGAAGAUGUGAAUGAAGCAAUGAGACUUAUGGAAAUGUCUAAGGCUUCCUUAAUUGAAGAUGAAACUAAAACAAGGACUGUAAACCCAGUUGAUGCGAUUUAUGGAAUUAUAAAAGAAAUGGCUGGAGAUGCCAGCAGUGUAAAACUCCCAGACGUACAGCAACGAUGUUUGACAAAGGGCUUCACGCCAGAUCAAUUUGAUGCCUGUCUUGGGGAGUAUGAAGACUUGAAUGUCUGGCAAAUCAAUUCCAACAGGACUAAGAUCACUUUUGUUCAGUGAGAGAGGUUAAAGAGUCCAGAGAGAGUUGGAGUCAAUAUGAGGAGAGUACUGUUCUUGUAUUUGAUAUAUUUUCUCCGUUGACCUGAGAGAUUAGAUACAGUUUGUAUAGGAGAGGAAGCUGUUGUAAAGUGUGCCUUUACCGUUGUACUCAUUGCUAUUUUCAAUGUAUCUCGCAGUUUUGAGCUCUUUUGCUUUAUUUUUAGAUACAAGGAAUCAUUUUUUGUCUCUUGUAAAUAUUCUUUAAAAUUUUUUUGCAUUUGUACAUGUCCAAUACGCUAAUUUUUCAUAAACUUGGCAAGAAAGACUUUUGUUUGUUUAUUUCCUCAAGUCAAAAUAAACGUUUGAAUGUAGCCGUAAGUAUUUAAAAGUCUUGUGUUUCCUUUUUCUAUGUCAGUGAUAAUGUUAAUUUGACAGCUAUUGCAUGUCUUCAACUCCACUCUCUCGAGUUUCAAAUUUUAAAUCAACCCUAUAUUUCCGUUUCUCCUACUCAGUAAUGCAGCA